CGGUGGUGGUGGUGUGUAAAAGUGAGAAGUAGUUUGUUAGACGUGUUUUUUGCUUCUACUUAUGAACUUAUUCAAGUGAUAAAACUACUUUUAAAUUCUUUUUUUUUUUUUGGGAAUCGGCUUUUAACUUCUUUGAAAGUAUUUUAACUAAGUUGAGCCAAACCGCACUUUUUUUUAAAAAAUUCAACCAUGACAGUUAUAAAUCCUAAAAAUACUUUUCUAAGUCAUCUCAAACGCCACCUUAAUUGAGUGGCUAGUGAUCUUGUGACCUUUUUGUUUUCAUCCCUCACCAUAAUACAUCAAGCCGUGUUCCAUUUCACAAAAAGAAAGAAAGAAAGUAGAAACCUAUGGAUCUAACGGUCCUUUGAAAGUCACAAAAGUGGAAGUACCCCGAAUGCCUGAUGCAAAACAUUCCAAAACCUGAUCCAGAAUGCAAGGUGGCCAGUUUUAUGCCAUUUCUCAAUUGAAACGUAAUAGAAUUUUUAGUCCCAGUCAAUAAAAUAGAAUUUACAUUAUGACCUUCCAGAUAAUUUGUACUGCAUAAUUUGAUCUGCCCAUUCUUUUAGAAUUGGUUUGAACUUUCAUUGACACUGACUAAAGUAAAAUGAUGUUUGACAAAUCAUAGGCCUCCGGUUGUGCGCUUGAUGUUUUGGAUUUUACUUCAUUAAGCUUUACCUGGUUUGCACCAAAUUUUAUCUAACAGUUGAAGUUUUUUGAAGAUAAUAAUUUUAAUAUUUUUAUUGGGCUUGUAUUUGUUGAAAAAUGAGAGAUGGCUUUUGCUAUAGAUUGUGUUCAGCAAGUUCUAUUCAACAGUUUAUUGCUGAUUUUUGGGGAUUGCCGUACACUGUUGAUGCAACCUUUCUGUGUUCAGGUGGAGAGGCUUGAGAAAGACAAUAAAAGAAGGCGAAGUAUCAUAGUCAUCAGGUUUUAUUUUCAGCAUGGAAAUUCUCGUUUAAAUCGAGCUAGAAAGCUCCUUCUUGAACGAAGCAAAUGGUAUAUUAGUCGCCUUAUGAGCAUUACCCCUCAACUUAGAGAAUUUCACGCAUUAACAGCGAUAAAGGAUAUUCCUCUACUUCCUAUUAUCUUAAACCCUGUCUAUCAUUGCUUAAACAAAUAUGGAAAAGAAGAUCUCAGUAAGCUGACUCAGCCCUUGCAGCGAAUUCUUGAGUCUUCAUACAAUGACAGCCAACUUCAUGCUAUCAGUGCAGCCAUUGGACUACGGGAUACAAGAAAAGAUUUUGAAUUAUCUCUUAUACAGGGUCCUCCAGGUACUGGGAAGACUAGAACUAUUGUGGCUAUCGUGAGCGGUUUGCUUGCCUUGUCUCGCAUGAAGAAGAGUCCACUAAAUGGUGCUAUAAGACCUAGCACUACUUUGUGUACUAAUUCAAGAGUGAAGAUUUGUCAAUCUGCUGCAGUUGCAAGGGCCUGGCAGGAUGCAGCCUUGGCUAGACAAUUAAAUGAGGAUGCAGAAAAAAACUGCAAAACUAUGGCUGGUUGCACAAGGGGAAGGAUCCUCAUUUGUGCACAAUCCAAUGCUGCAGUUGAUGAGUUGGUGUCAAGAAUAUCCAGUGAAGGCCUAUAUGGAAGUGAUGGACUGAUGAACAAGCCCUAUCUUGUUAGGGUUGGUAAUGCAAAGACAGUUCAUCCGAAUUCCAUUCCCUUCUUUAUUGACACACUUGUUGAUCAGCGUUUGGCCGAGGUGAGAAUGAAUGCAAGUGACAUAAAAAAUGAUUUGAGUUUGGAUUCCUCAGCAAUUCUCCGUUCUAAUCUGGAGAAGUUAGUGGACCGUAUCAGAUUUUAUGAAGCCAAGCGUGCCAACGUAAGGGAUGAAAAUUCUGACUCGAAGAAUUUGCUGGAAGGAGAGGCUUCUAAAGGGGAGGAUGGGAAGGAAAUGUCUGAUGGAGAAGUAGAGUCAAAGUUAAGAAAAUUAUAUGAUGAAAAAAAAGCAAUUUAUGUAGAUCUUGGCACUGCUCAGGCACGAGAGAAGAAAACUGAGGAAGAAAGUAAAGCUCUUAAGCAUAAAUUGCGGAAAUCCAUACUGAAGGAAGCUGAAAUUGUGGUCACUACAUUGAGUGGCUGUGGUGGAGACCUGUAUGGAGUAUGCUCUCAAUCUAUUUCAAAUCACAAGUUUGGCAAUGCAUCUGAGGAUACAUUGUUUGAUGCUGUUGUGAUCGAUGAAGCUGCUCAAGCUCUGGAACCAGCAACUCUUAUUCCUCUUCAGCUUUUAAAAUCAAAGGGAACCAAAUGUAUUAUGGUUGGUGAUCCAAAGCAACUUCCUGCGACAGUGCUCUCUAAUGUUGCUAGCAAAUAUCUGUAUCAAUGCAGCAUGUUUGAACGAUUACAAAGGGCUGGCCAUCCUGUCAUUAUGCUCAUGAAGCAGGUAGACUAAAUUGCCAUCUACUGAGCUUUUGCAUGUUGAUUGAAUUCCUGAGUAAGCUUUAGCUCAAACAACCAGCCCAUAAAACUCAUAAAAACGGAGCUGUUAUGAAACUAAUUACUAAUGAUCUGGGGACAUGUCUUUUCUACGCUUAGAUAAUGUUUUAACACAUGUCGUUGACAUGAGAUCUGAAUGUGUGUUUUUUCUUUUGAGCGGGGAUCCCUAAGCCAUCUUUCCCAAUGAAAAAAAGGAGAGGAGGAGGAGGUGGAAGCUCGAGAGAGGCUUAAAUAAAUUUCAACAUUGUAACCACAAGUUAUCUAUUAAUUUGACCAACUACUAUCAUUCCCCAUUGUAGUUCUCUUUCUAGAAUAUGGAAAAAAUACUAUUUAGAUAGUCUAAGUGACCCUCCCCCAUAUUGAUAGUCUUUGCAAAUGCAUCCUGGCUCUUUACUUAAUAUAAUGUAAUGGCAGGUUUGACCUCAAAUUAUGAAUGAAUUAUGAACACAUAAAGCUUGUAUAAGCAGUAUGUUUAUAUAUAUGUACAAUUUGUGAUCCCAUGUUCUGAAUUUUGGAGGUUGCUAUGUCAAACACACUAUGUUCCAAUUGAUGCUUGUAAUCUGUGUCCUUGGCCAAAAACUUGGAUAAUCACUAGUUUUUGUAAAUGCCUAGAGAGCGGCUGAAUAGGACCUAACCAGUUUUGUGUUUUCUUUAAGUUCUAUUAUAGAGUUCUACACCUCUUAAUCCAAAGGUAGGGUAUCUAAGUAAACUAAAACUUUGUUAUUUGUCACUUAAACUUGAUUUCUGCUCUUCAAGUGUUAUAACUCGAUGUUGCUCCAUAGAUUGGUCUGUGGAAGUGUUGGUAUAGAAAUUCUUGUUGUGUAGAACCCUAGUCGACCAGUUCACUUUCCUGGUUGACUAACUCUGGUUUGGAAUACCCCUGAAGUCUGUUCUGUUUCUGAUAACUAUUGUUUUUGAAUUCAAUCCACCAAAAUAGACCUCUAUUUUUGUGUGUGUGUGUUACUAUGCAUGGUCCACAAUGUUGCUCAGAUGUGUUGAAUACCACAGAGUAGGCUUAUUAAAGCGGGUUCGGGUGAAAAACCUUUCAACCCGUACACGAUUCGUUUAAUUAAACAAGUGAAAAUCUACAAACCAAAUACGACUCGAUUAACCCGUCUAAUAAAUGAAUCAUGUUAGAUAGAGUAGAGUUAACACGAUAACACCUUUAACCUGCCACCCGUUUUUCAUUAAAAUUUCUAUAUAACUAACUAAUAAACAUUCUUAUUAACUAAUUAACAAACUACCACAAAAAUAUGACAUUCAGUGAUGCCAACCCAUAUUAGAAAAACAUUUAAGAUUAUAAGAAUGAACUCAUCAUUAAAUUAAAUUUAACUAGUCUAAUUAUUAAAUUGGAUAAAUUAUUCUGACU